AACCCGAAAAAAGAUCCAUCCAUCAGGUGGGGUCGGGGAGGGCAAAAAAAGUUCUAACGGUUAUCUUCAGGUAUCUACGCUUACGGUUUCGAGCGCCCCUCUGCCAUUCAGCAGCGUGCUAUUAUGCCCAUCAUCAAGGGCAGCGAUGUGAUUGCUCAGGCCCAGUCCGGUACUGGAAAGACCGCUACCUUCUCUAUCUCCGCCCUUCAGAAGCUCGACCCCACCCUCAAGGCCUGCCAGGCCCUGAUCCUCGCUCCCACCCGUGAGUUGGCGCAGCAGAUCCAGAAGGUCGUUGUUGCCAUCGGUGACUUCAUGAGCAUUGAGUGCCAUGCCUGCAUCGGUGGUACCAACGUCCGUGAGGACAUGAAGGCUCUCCAGGACGGCCCCCAGGUCGUCGUCGGUACCCCUGGUCGUGUCCACGACAUGAUCCAGCGCCGUGUCCUCAAGACCGACCACCUCAAGCAGUUCAUCCUCGAUGAGGCUGACGAGAUGCUGUCUCGUGGUUUCACCGAGCAGAUCUACGACAUCUUCCAGCUCCUCCCCCAGUCCACCCAGGUUGUCCUGCUGUCGGCUACCAUGCCCCAGGACGUCCUGGAGGUGACCACCAAGUUCAUGCGCGACCCCGUCCGCAUCCUGGUCAAGAAGCAGGAACUCACCCUUGAGGGUAUCAAGCAGUUCUACAUUGCCGUCGAGAAGGAAGACUGGAAGCUCGACACCCUCUCCGAUCUCUACGAGACCGUCACCAUCACCCAGGCCGUCAUCUUCUGCAACACCCGCCGGAAGGUCGACUGGCUCACCGACAAGCUGACUGCCCGUGACUUCACCGUCUCCGCCAUGCACGGUGAUAUGGAGCAGGGCCAGCGUGAUGUUAUCAUGAAGGAGUUCCGCUCCGGUUCUUCCCGUGUCCUGAUCGCCACCGAUCUCCUGGCCCGUGGUAUCGACGUCCAGCAGGUCUCCCUGGUCAUCAACUACGACCUUCCCUCCAACCGUGAGAACUACAUCCACCGUAUCGGUCGUGGUGGUCGUUUCGGUCGUAAGGGUGUUGCCAUCAACUUCGUCACCGCUGACGAUGUCCGUAUGAUGCGUGAGAUCGAGCAGUUCUACAGCACCCAGAUCGAGGAGAUGCCCAUGAACGUUGCUGACCUCAUCUAAACGCUUUUACGAGUCACCUUCCGUUUAUGUCGAUGCGGAUCGCGAUCGCAGUACGCCAAUAAUGGUACCGGGGUGAAGCGGCGAUUCACCAAACCAAAUCGCACAUUCUCCUUGUACAGAGCAAAACUUUUCCCCUCUUCAAUAAAAGUGGCUUCCUGUAUCUCCAGCAUUUACUCCCGCUUACGGUGGUUGGUUGAGGAUGCGGUGCUAUUGUUAGCGUACCUCCCUCCUCUUUCUGCUGUCAUGGU